GGGGUCUGGUCAGGGCAGAAGCAAAGAGAGUGGAAGAGAAAAGGACGGUGGAGAUCAGAGACGGGGAGAGAGUCAUUGAGACAGAUUAGAACACGGUGUUGAAGGCAAAAUCAAAAAAGGAAGGGACGGGGACCGGAGGUGGGGGGUGGACAGAACAGCAAAGAUGGAGGAGUUAGGAAUUGUUUCUUGAAAUUGAAAGAGAUAUGGAGACAGAGCUGGAGGCCAGGUGAAAGAGAAGGGAAAGGAAAGAGGCCGGGGGGCUUAGUGGGAGGAGGUUAGAAACGGGAGGAAAGAAAUGGUAGCCGAACCAGUGGAGCGAAUAAGGACUCGGCGACACCAGUGGCCCGCUACUCCAGGGCAUACCUGCCCCUUCGUUGGCUACAACCCACCACCACCACCAAUGUCAACUCCAGCCCCUUCACACACCCCGUACCCCUCUGUCACCCCCUCCAGGAAGUCCGCAGUCCCCAAGCUGGUGCGCCACCCCACCCCCUUCGCGCUCCUCACCGACCUGUUGUGCGCAGAAGACGAACUGGGGGUGGGGUGGGGGAACCGGGCCCCAUCUCUAGCAGAGCCCCCCAAUCCCGCCAAUCCCACAGGCCUGCGCUCCCUGGAUAGGGUUGGAAAGCGGUGCGAACCGGGAAAAAUAAGGAAACGAUCGGCCAAGGGAUUUGGAGGGAGCACCCAGAGCGGAAAGGGGACCUGAGGCAGGAGGAUGCCCGAAGCUGCAGGAUGAGCUAAAGGCGGGAUGGUGGCAGGCGCGGAGACGUUGACUGCUGCACCAAGAGGCCUGGAACUAUGCAGCUCACAUGGCCUUUGGGCCUAAGAUACUCCUGACUUAGCCUCCCAAGUGCUAGACCACAAGCAUGCACCACCAUCCCUCGAAGGAAGCGACGGAAUCAGACAGGAACUCGGGGCCGCCAUCCUGCCUUGUCCUGCAGCUCCCGGGAGGGUCGCUCCCCCGGACCUCCGCAGAGCCGAGGUCCUCUCCGCACCCUGCAUUCACCGCUCUCGCACCCAUAAAGAUGCACGGACAGAGCGGAAGAUGGGCGCCGCUCUCGCGCCUCCCGCGGUCCGGAAACGGAAGCAGGCCGGAGCCGCCCGGAACCCGCCUCCCGAGAGCGGAAGUACGGCCGGAAGCUGGCCAUAGAAGCGAGCGGCUAGAGCGGCCCUGCGGGGAGGUGGCAGGAAAGGCUUGGGAGCCGCUGCCGGAGGUGACGGAGCGGCCGCCCCGCCCCGUGCGCUGGGAGACGAGGCUUCCAGCUCCAGAAAUCUUGAGGCCAGAGCCCCGCACCUCGGCGCAGCCAUGAGUGCGGAGGUGAAGGUGACAGGGCAGAACCAAGAGCAGUUUCUGCUCCUUGCCAAGUCGGCUAAGGGGGCGGCACUGGCCACACUCAUCCACCAGGUGCUGGAGGCCCCUGGUGUCUACGUGUUUGGGGAACUGCUGGAUAUGCCUAAUGUUAGAGAGCUGGCAGAAAGCGACUUUGCCUCCACCUUCCGGCUGCUCACAGUGUUUGCCUAUGGGACCUAUGCGGACUACUUAGCUGAAGCCAGGAAUCUCCCCCCACUGACUGACGCACAGAAGAAUAAGCUUCGACAUCUGUCAGUUGUCACUCUGGCUGCCAAAGUCAAGUGUAUCCCAUAUGCAGUGUUGCUGGAGGCCCUUGCCCUUCGAAACGUGCGCCAGCUGGAAGACCUUGUGAUCGAGGCUGUGUAUGCUGAUGUCCUUCGUGGCUCUCUGGACCAGCGCAAUCAGCGGCUAGAGGUUGAUUACAGCAUCGGGCGGGACAUCCAGCGCCAGGACCUCAGUGCCAUCGCCCAGACCCUGCAAGAGUGGUGCGUGGGCUGUGAGGUUGUGUUGUCGGGCAUCGAAGAGCAGGUCAGCCGUGCCAACCAGCACAAGGAGCAGCAGCUGGGCCUGAAGCAGCAGAUCGAAAGUGAGGUUGCCAACCUUAAGAAAACCAUUAAAGUUACGACAGCAGCUGCUGCUGCAGCCACCUCCCAGGAUCCUGAGCAACACCUGACAGAGCUGAGAGAACCAGCUUCUGGCACCAACCAGCGCCAGCCCAGCAAGAAAGCCUCCAAGGGCAAGGGACUCCGAGGGAGCGCCAAGAUUUGGUCCAAGUCGAACUGAAAGGACUUGUUUCUUCCCUGGGAAUGUGGGGUCCCAGCUGCCUACCUGCCUACCCCUUAGGAGUCCUCAGAGCCUUCCUGUGCCCCUGGCCAGCUGAUAAUGCUAGUUCAUUACUUUUCAUCUCCUCCACCCCCAAGCAUAAGCCACACCCUCUGUAGGGAGGAGGCCAGUGCAGGUCAUGUUCUGUUGGUACCUCUUAUGUGUUCCAUGCUCUUCCCCAGCACGCUUGCUCUCAUCGUUUUUCCGCACUGUGUCUGCCCAUUACCCCUGUCAUUGAGCAGGUUGGCAGUCCUAUGGAGGGUGCUGGCUCUUAACCACCCACACCUACCCCUGCAUGCCUAAUCUGCAGUUCCUCCUCCUCCCCUUGCCUAGUGGGCUGCAUCUGAAAAGCCAUGGGGAAGGGGGUCUCCACCUUCAUUCCAGCCUUAGAGUUCUGGAGCCAGUCUGCUACCCUGGGAGUCGCUGGACAUUUUCCUCCCAGAACCCCAUCACACUACAAUUGUUUCUUUCCUCUCUCAUCUCCUUGGGCCUGGGGAUACUGCUGCUUCAGUGACCCCAGAGCCUGAGAACAGCUAUUUUUGAGAUGUUAAGAAAUGGUUCUUUGUUGCUCAUCAUCUUAGGAAGCCCAAUGGAAAUCCUGGAAGGAUUUAUAUCUCCUCCUGUGGUUCUGGUGGGGAAGGAAAUAUAGAUUGUAUAUUAAAAAUAAAAAAUAUAUAUGAAUAGGUCUAUAUAUAUUGACACAUGACACAGAAAUAAAUCUAUGAGAAAUCUAUGUACAAAAAUGCCAGGAACUGGGCCUCUUCUGUCUUUGAUGUUUGUUAACAGGGAGAAGAUUAAUCCCCAGUCCACUGUAAAGCCAAGUGCCAAGUGAAAAGAACCAGACACUUUGCAGACUCUGGGCCUAGCAGCUAGGAGGCCUAGACCCUGGACAGAUUGCUCCAUCCCUCAGCCCAUGGUCAGCAGUCACGGGCACCUGCUGAACACCGCCAUGUCCUAACAAUGGAGAUGCAGACACCAUCACUGACUGUCCUGCCCAAGGACCUGCAGUGUGGUCUGCUUCCUGUCACCUCAGAGAAUCACAAGGGAGGUGUUGGUAGUGAACUUGACUUUUGACAUUGAAAGCACAUAAAACGAUUAGAUUUGUUGGU